AUAUGUUUACUACUCCUGCUACAAAAUUAAAUUCGAAUAGGAUAAGGAAUGCGAAGACAGAGCCUUGCCAUGCGCGUUUGAUGUUCCCACUGGCGAGCUUCCCCAUGGCUCUGGCGCCGCCACCGCCGCCGCCGAUCUCAUGCUGUCACCACCAACGCCAUCGAAAGCCCCAUUUUCAGACCGUCAUUUUCCGUCCAAGAACCAACAAAGGCACGUUUGCAACUACCUCUCUUCCAAAAUCGGCAGGCUCGCUUUGCACUCCUACACCUGAUGAAGGUUCUAUAACUAUAACACCCCAUUUAGAGAAUCAGAUUAAGAAUCCAUUAAUACUGUCCGAAAAGAUUGCGCAACUGUCCGAAUCCAAAACCUUGUCGGAAGUUUUACCUACAUUUCAAGAUUACCUAAACAGUGGCUUUUACCACUCGUCUGAAAAAGCCGAGGCCUUAGGCGUACUCUUACAGGCCUGUGGUAAACAAAAGGAUAUUGAAACAGGCCGUAAAGUCCAUGAGAUGGUUUGCUCAUUGACUCAGUUCAAAGAUGAUUCUGUACUCCGUACGCGGCUCAUCACAAUGUACUCAAUGUGUGGGUAUCCUUCUGAUUCUCGCUCUGUUUUCGAUCAGUUAGAAAGCAAAAACCUGUACCAAUGGAAUGCUCUUAUUAGUGGAUACACAAAGAAUGAGCUUUGGUUUGAUGUUAUUUGUUUAUUUAUUGAGCUAAUGACUUCAUCCCAGGAUAGGCCCGAUAAUUUUACGUUUCCUUGUGCUAUUAAGGCUUGUGGAGGGCUUGUUGAUGUUGGUUUAGGGGAAGCCAUUCAUGGGAUGGCAUCAAAAAUGGGUUUAGUUAGGGAUGUAUUUGUAAACAAUGCGUUAAUUGCUAUGUAUGGCAAAUUUGGUCUUAUUGAAGAAGCUAUGAAAGUGUUUGAUCAUAUGCCUGAGAGGAACUUGGUUUCGUGGAAUUCAAUGAUUUCUGGGUUCUCUUCAAAUGGGUAUAUUGAACAAAGUUUUGGUCUUUUCAGAAAUAUAUUUACAGGAGAUGAAGUUCUUGUUCCAGACGCAACUACCAUGGUUAUUAUGCUGCCAAUAUGUGCAGCAAAAGAGGAAGUGGAUUUGGGAAAGAUUAUUCAUGGUCUAACUGAAAAGCUAGGACUGGCGAACGAGUUAACAGUGAUUAAUUCUUUAGUGGAUAUGUAUUGCAAAGUUGGGCUCUUUGCUGAUGCCCAAAUUCUGUUUGAGAAAAAUGAGAGCAAAAAUGUGGUCUCUUGGAAUUCAAUUAUCGGGGGUUAUUCAGGAGAAGGAGAUGUUAGAGGAACAUUUCAUCUUAUGAGAAGGAUGCAAAGUGCCAGUGAAUAUGUGAAGGCAAAUGAGGUCACUCUGUUGAAUAUUUUGCCUGUGUGCGUAACAGAAUCAGAGCAGUUGAUAGUGAAAGAACUGCAUGGCUACUCGCUUAGAAAUGGUCUUAAAUACCAUGAGUUGUUAACAAAUGCUUUUAUAGCCGCCUAUGCAAAGUGUGGAUUGCUCAGAUAUGCUGAGCUUGUAUUCUGUGGAGUGGCAAAUAAGACAGUAAGCUCUUGGAAUGCACUAAUAAGUGGCAAUGCUCAGAGCGAGGAUCCAUCCAAGGCUUUGACUCUGUCCUCUGAAAUGAUGGGUUCUGGUUUGCUUCCUGACUGGUUCACUAUUGGUAGCCUUCUUUUUGCUUGUUCCCGCUUAAAACAGCUACUAUGUGGUACACAAAUUCAUGGUUUUGUGCUUAGAAAUGGUCUAGAAACAGAUACGUCUACAGGGGUUUCCCUAGUUUCAUUUUACAUGAAUUGUGGAAAACUUGAACUUGCACAACUGCUAUUUGACAGAAUAGAAGAUAAAAAUAUUGUAUCCUGGAAUGUGAUGAUAGCUGGUUACUUGCAGAAUGCACUACCAGAUAAAGCCUUAUUUUUGUUUCGCGAUAUGGUAUCUCUUAGAUUCCAAGCUGAAGAAAUUUCUGUUACAAGUGUCUUGGGGGCUUGUUCAACAUUGUCUGCUGUCAAGCUGGGGAAAGAAGUUCAUUGCUUUGCACUAAAAACUCACCUAAUAGAGGAUACUUUUGUCCAUUGCUCAAUCAUAGACAUGUAUGCAAAAUCUGGAUUCAUAGGAAUGUCCAAGUAUGUUUUUGACCAUAUUCCGCUCAAAGAUAUAGCAUCAUGGACAGCUAUGGUUACAGGAUAUGCAGUUCAUGGACUUGGAAUGGAGGCCAUCAAGCUAUUUCAGGAAAUGCAAAAAUUGGACUUCACGCCUACGAGCUUGACAUAUGUCUCUAUUUUAAUGGCAUGUAACCAUGCCGGGCUCAUUGAAGAAGGUCAACAGUAUUUUAGAGAGAUGCAGAUCUUGCAUGGUUUAAAACCUGAAUUGGAACAUUAUGCAUGUGUAAUUGACAUGCUGGGUCGUGCUGGACAGUUCGAUGAUGCCUUAAAUCUUAUGGCCGAGAUGCCUAUGCAGCCAGAUACUCAAAUUUGGAGCUCGUUGCUCAGUUCAUCUAUGAUUCAUGCCCACUUAAAUCUUGGGAAGAAAUGUGCUGAGAAGUUACUGGAAUUAGAGCCAAAAAGAGCAGAAAUUUAUGUUUUAGUAUCCAAUUUUUUUGCUAGAUAUGGGGACUGGGAUUCUGUUAGACAAUUGAGGCAAAAGAUGAAGGAGUUAGGCUUGCAAAAAGAAAUUGGUUGCAGUCAGAUUGAAAUAGGAGGAAAAAGCUAUAACUUCGCCUUUGGCAGUAUGCUUUCCAAACCGUAAGAGCUAUAGUGAGGGUAAAUGUGACCAAGGGAAAGAAUUGAGCUGGUUAGUACCUAAGAUGAUUUGGUGCUUCAGCAUUUGAACAGAGAGGGUAAAGGAUAAAUUGAGGUAGGUUAGCAAGAGAUCUUUAGGAUUCUAUUUCCUAGUACCAUGACCAAAAUCAACUGCUGCCUCCAUCAUCCAGCACAAAAGAAGGAAGCACAAGUUAGAUGCACACUGUUGCAUGAUAGAAUGACCUUUCCCUCUUAUGGAAGUUGUUAUCUCGCUCGGCAUAUUCCCUGGAGUUUCUCCACUGGCAGAUGAAUUGGGAUUACAAAACACGAUUAAUCACUUGACUAACGUUCUUCUUGUUGAUGACUCAAGGUUUUCCUCAAGGAAAGCAGUUCACUAAUUACCGCAAUUUGCUUUAAGUUAGUGCCCAAAAUCAUUGUUAGGGAGAUAAUCACAAGGAUUGGAGUAGAGGCACUCUCACAAUUUUUAAAGAUGGUUCUCCUGAUGAAUGAUACAAGGAUGGAGUCAAUUUGACCUGCUUUUGAUUAGCCUCCCAAAUUGUUCAGAUGUACAUAUAGGCAUAAUCAUAUUCCUUAUUCUGUAGUUUGGCUUCUGUUUUAAUAGCAAACUGUGUUUGCUAUCAAGAACGACUCACUCCAUGAAGAUGUUUUACUUUUCAAAAUUUGAGGAGCCGUGCAGAAGAUGUUUUGAAACUUAAGUUCAGCAUGGAAUUUCAGUUCUUAUAAAUGAUGAGCGACAUGAGGCUGGAAGUCCAAGGGUCAAUUCUGUGGUAGUCUAAGAAAAUUUCCGCCUGACCUUGUACAUUUCUGUCGUAGAGAGACGAAUCAGUCAUUGAUUUUAGGUGCUUGGUUAUCGCAUGCUGGAAUCCCCUUGGUGCUUCACAGCAUUGUAUGUUGUUAUAUGUAAAACUUCGUUUUGUUGAGUGUAAAGAGAAGUUCUAAGAGUGGAAUUAAAUAUGGAGGGAUAACGUUUGUUUGGGAAUACAAAGGAUGUAAGAUGUAUGGUAAAGGAGUUGGAUACUUCUUCAUGCCGA